CUUUUCCUGUUUUGAAUUCCUAGACUUCCUGUUCUAAUUCUCGCGACAGUUUCUAGACAACACGUGAAGUUCGCUUCCCGUCCCUCUUCUGAGUUGGAGACCAGACCUCCGCGUUUGCCCCGGGAAACAGAACUUGAGCCUGGCUUCUGUAAACCGCCUGGGACCGCGGGGCGGGGCCUGCUCUCCUCCCUGUCCCUCGCCCCUAGUGCCACGGUGGCGGCUAGAGACCGUAUGCUCCGGCCCUGCUAGCUUCGCAACCCUAACCUGUAAUCCCGACCAGGGAGGCGCCCCGCCCACCUCUUCCUGCGGCCGCUAGUCGGCUGGAACCUCUAAUCACCAUGCUCAUCCGCGCUCAAAACACCUGCCGGAUGUAGGGAGGGAGGAGGAGGCCAGAUGUGGGGAGGCUGAUGUAAGCGCCCCGUCUCUGGUCGGCGCCUGGGUGAGGAAGCUGGACGGACAAGCCUUCAAUCACCCCCGGGAAGCCGGUGUUGGGCUGCGGGGAGACGACGUUGCGAGGCCCUGCUCUAUACAGGAGCCCCGACAGGCACCAGAACCUCUGCCCCCUGGACUGUAAAGUCAGAUGGGACAGGGCCUGGCCGGCCAGCCCACUCUGCGAGCUUCGCAGCCACCCCUAUGCCGCCCCCCACCCCACCCCACCCCCGGUCUCUGGCCGUCGCCCAGCUUUGGUGUCUGGUUACGGCUCCUCUGUUUUCACUGUGACUUUGGUCCAGGCCGAGGGAAGUGGCCCAGGAGGAUCCCGUGCAGCCGCAUAAACUUGGCCGCUUCAGAAGUAGGGGUUAGCUUGCGGGUGGGGAGGUGGGGUGCGACGUCUAGGGGCGGGGAGAGAGGCGGAGGAGCUGCUCUCGGAGUCCAAGUCCGUGGGCUCUCAGAGAUCCUUCAGCCGGAGCAGUCUCCACCGCUUUAUUUCCACUGUCUGCUCCUUUGGAAGCACUGGCUGCGCUGAAGGACUUAGUCCCGGACAGUAGGGUGCACGAGCCCGCUGAUGCCCCAAGUGCUCGCAGGGCUUCCAGCUAACCAUGCCACAGCCGCUCGCCGCUGCCUUGGCGCUGCCCCUGCUACUGCUGGCGGCGCGGAUGCCGCUCCCGACUGGUGCGAGGCCGUCGCCAGGCCCGGAUUACUUGCGCCGCGGCUGGCUGCGGCUGCUGGCGGAGGGCGAGGGCUGCGCUCCCUGCGGGUCCGAGGAGUGUGCCGCGCCGCGGGGUUGUCUGGCCGGCCGGGUGCUCGACGCUUGCGGCUGCUGCUGGGAAUGCGCCAACCUCGAGGGCCAGCUCUGCGACCUGGACCCCAGCGCCCACUUCUACGGGCGCUGCGGCGAGCAGCUCGAGUGCCGGCUGGACACAGGCGGUGACCUGAGCCGCGGGGAGGUGCCGGAGCCGCUGUGCGUCUGCCGCUCCCAGCACCCGCUCUGCGGCUCCGAUGGCCGCACCUACUCGCAGAUCUGCCGUCUGCAGGAGGCGGCCCUCGCUCGGCCCGAAGCCAACCUCACUGUGGUGCAUCCAGGGCCCUGCGAAUCGGAGCCCCAGAUCGUGUUGCACCCCUACGACAUUUGGAAUGUGACGGGGAAGGAUGUGAUCUUUGGCUGUGAGGUGUUUGCCUACCCCAUGGCCUCCAUCGAGUGGAGGAAGGACGGCUUGGACAUUCAGCUGCCAGGAGAUGACCCCCACAUCUCUGUGCAGUUUAGGGGUGGACCCCAGAGGUUUGAGGUGACAAGCUGGCUGCAGAUUCAGGCUGUUCGUCCCAGUGAUGAGGGCACCUACCGCUGCCUGGCCCGCAAUGCCCUGGGCCAGGUGGAGGCCCCAGCUAGCCUGACUGUACUCACACCUGACCAGCUGAACUCCACAGGCCUCCCCCAGCUACCAUCCCAGCACCUGGUUCCUGAGGAAGAGGCUGAGAGUGAAGAGGGCGAGGAUUACUACUAGGUCCGAAGCCCUGGCCCUUGGGGGUGGGUGAGUGGGGAUCGUGUUCAUCCCUGCUCUUGAAAAGAUCUGGAAAGGGGGAGCAGGGCCCCUUCACAUGAUUGCUUUAAUGCCUUUACUGGGGGAGACAUGAUAGUGGUGGAGAGUAGACAAAAAUUGGAGAAGGGUAAGGAGAGAGGCAGAGACUAGGGAAUAGGGUGAUGGGAUGCAAAGAAGCCCAUGCAGGAGAUACAUGGGCCAACGAGGGAGAAGCAACAGCUGCCUGCUGGUCCCUAGGCGGGUGGAGGGUGGGGUGGGGUGGGGGAGAGAGGAGCAGUCACAGAAAGGUGUAGACAACAGGUUCCUCCCUUGCUCUCCAGCAGCCCUUCCUUCAGCCCUGCUCAGCCAGUCUUCCUAACUGCCCUUCUGCACAGCUCCUCCUGUUAUUUUCCUAGUCCCUCAUCUCUGCCUUGCCUCAGGUAGCUCUUUCUCAGAACUAACCUAGACAUUUCCCCCUCUCCUAAGUCCCAUUGCACUCACUAACUGCGGUCCUUUCUGCUGUUCACCAUCUGCUGUCCAGCAGAGCACAAUGGAGCAUGGUUUAGUUUAGUGCAGAAAGAGGGGCAUUUGGUCAUGUCUGAUUUCUCCUGUCAUUCCGAAAACUCCGUAUCUUACACCACUUUAUAUUGGACAAUGCCUAGCACAGGACCAGGCACAGUAAGCAUACAAUAAAGACGUAUGAACAAGCUGA